CAAUUUUCUGUAUCCCGUGAAAAAUUCACACUCUCUCCAACCAUGAACAACUGUCGCAUCCUGGUCGAUGUCGACUGCAGUCGCUUCGAGGACGAUGCCUUCUCGCUGUUGGACAAGUCCGCCGAGGUCAACGUGGUGCGUGACCUCAAGUCCUCCACGGUCGUCCCGCGGUUCGAUCAAACGAGCUUCCCGCACCUGAACACCUCCUCGAGAACCCAGCUCAAGCAGCAGCUGCUUCGGGAACAACUCAAAGCGUACGACAAGAGUCCCUCCCCGUCGCCGUCGGUCUUCUCGGUGAAGCUUCCGCUGGAGAACAUGGACAUCGAUCUGCCCAAGAAGGUGCUCCAGGUUGAGACCCGGCUGGAGAACCCAACCCGGUACCACGUGAUCCAGAAGCAGAAGACUCAGGUCCGGGAGUACGUGACGGCCGCGCUCAAGAUGACCAAACCGCCGGUUCCCCGCGAGGCCAGCCACUCCCGGAUGAUGAUCCUGUCCAAGCUGUACGACUCGUUCAUCAACACGAAACCGUCCACUACUGCUGCUAGCAGUGCUUCCGGAAGUGCCACAGCAGCUCCCCCGGCUCCAGCUUCCGGGGCGUCAACGCCGUCCUCGGUCACCGAGCAGGAGUGGCGGCUCGAGAUGAAACUGUCGACCCGCUUCGGCAACAAGCUCUACUCGACCUUCAUCGAAGAGCUGGACUACGUGCGGGAACUGCUCGGCAUGAUCCGGUUCGAGAUCCCCAAGUGGGUCUUCGUGGUGACGGAGUUCGAGAGCGAAAUCUCCUCCUUCCAGAACACGAAGGCCGCCGCCAUGGAGGAUCUGCUGAUCAAGCAGGCGCUGAGCAACGAGAAGAACUCCAAGCACGAGAAGUUUAUCGAGCCGGAAGUGCGCGAUCGGAUCAAGAAAGAUAACCAUAACUGCAGUAGGUAUUGGGGCGUCGAAGUGAGGGGGAUUGGGUAAGGUGGUCCCCCUUUCGGAACUCGAUGACUCGUUGGUGUUGAGCGGUGUAACGUAUAGCGAAGACUGAUCAAAAUAACUGAAAUACUCUUGCACGUCAGGAUGAAAUCGAUAUUUUAUUAUAAUUCAACAACAUUACAUUCCAAAUUCCGUUUAGCUUCUUUUGUCUCUUCCCCAUGGCAGCACAAAUUCGUAGACUUCAGCUCUUUUCUAGGUUCAAAAGGUACCCUCGUCCCCUUCGGUUUCCUUGAGCUCAGCUUGCUGGUGAAGUUUGUCAGCUCCUCCCUGUUCGAAUGCAUGCUGAUGGUCCUUGCGGUCGCGUUACGAUGGAUAAACCUGUCGUUUGAAGUUUAAGUUCAAACUCGUUC